CGCUUCCGUAUCGGGGACGUGUCUGUCAGGGCCAACGUUGUGCCGUCAAUCACUCCACUCGCAUGUUUUGAUUCUUGAAAGUUACUGUCAGUGGACUAGCUGUAAAAUGUCCACUUUAACGCAGCCUGCAAAUGACCAGUAUGUUUUCCGUCGACGGGAAUUUGAAGAGCCGCCGUCUGAAAACCAGAGAAGAUGGCAAACACCUCCACAUGUCCCCGGUCCAAGGCAGACAGCACUACAACACCAGCGACACCGGGUAGACGGCAGCCAGACCCGACCCGGACCUCCCACCGAUCCCGGCGCCAGAUGGCCCCACGUGGACGACCCCACCACCAGAGAGCCGCAGCUGGACGACUGCGAGCGCAUGGGGACUCUGUUUGGGAUGCUCAACAAGUGUCUGCGGGGGAUGGGCUUCAGCCAGAUGUACUUUGGGGACAAGAUCGUGGAGCCCGUAGUGAUAGUGUUCUUCUGGCUGCUGCUCUGGUUCCUGGGUAUCCAGGCCCUGGGACUGGUGGGAACUCUGUGCAUCAUCAUCAUCUACAUCCAGAAGUAACGAGAGCGGACGAUCCGAGUGGGAAGCCUGCCCGUUUUCUUUGUUUAAUGCUUUACAUCCGCAGGACUCAUUUCACGCUCAUUUGGAUUGGAAUCUGCAGUGAAUCUGUGCUUUUAGAAGAGGAGCGAGUGUGGAGAGGGCCUGCACUGCUCCGUAGCGACGGUGGCUUUAAAAAAAAGGUUUCUAGAAACGGUUUGAAGCUUGUUCAGUCGGAGCAAAUGCAACAAGCUAUGUCCAUUCUUCAGGAUUGUCUGGCCUGUAGCGUCUCCCUCAGUGACAGGAGUGGUGUCGUCCUGCUGCUAAUAGUAUUGAUCAGCUGAUUUAAAAAAAAAAAAAGUAAAGAAAAAAAAAGAACA